AUGCUAAGUAAAUUUAUACAGAAAAAGGAGAAGACCGAAUGUUUUACAUUAAAUGAGCCAACUGAUGAAAUAAUUGAGGCAAGUAACAAACAUGUGGGCGCGCAUCUGUCUAUCCAAGGGGGAAUCGACCUUAUCUUUGAAAAGCUCAAAGGAAUAAAGGCGUAUGCAGCUGGGUUUUUUCUAAAAUCACAAAGAACUUUUAAUGCAAAGCCAUAUACAUCAGAGACUAUCCGAGCAUUCAGAAAUGCAAACACACAUGAAAAAUUACUACCACACGGCUCUUAUCUGAUAAAUUUGGCCCAGCCCGAUAAAGAAAAGGCGGAUAGAUCAUAUAACCUAUUCUUAGACGAGCUGGUCCGGUGUGAUCAGUUAGGAAUUCCAUUGUGCAAUAUACACCCCGGUAGUAAUGUUGGCAAGCUUCCAAUUGAAGCUGCAUGUAUGCUCAUAUCUGAUAAUAUAAAUAAAGCGCACAAAGUAACACAAUCGGUUGUUGUUGUAAUAGAAAACAUGGCAGGGCAGGGAAAUACAGUUGGAUCUAAGUUUAAAGAACUAAAACUAAUAAUUGAUGGGGUUGAAAAUAAAGAUAGAAUUGGUGUAUGCUUAGAUACCUGCCACCUCUUUGGCGCUGGAUAUGACAUUACCACCAAGGAGAAGUUUAAAAAAGUUAUGGAAGAUUUUGACAGAACAGUUGGUCUAGAGUACUUAAAGGGCGUGCAUCUGAACGAUAGUAAAGAACCUCUGGGGAGCAAGAGAGACAGGCACGAGUGUAUUGGAAAGGGCCUAAUUGGUUUAGAAGCAUUCUCCUAUAUUAUGAAUAGCUCGAUCUUUAAUGAGAUUCCAAUGAUACUUGAGACUCCUGAUCCAGACAAGUAUGCAGCUGAAAUAAAGCUUCUCUAUUCUUUAAUUGAGAGCAAAUAAAAAUAUUUG